GACUACAACGGCGCGACGGCGUGCGUCUCGGGCACCCGCUGUGAAAAGCAAAACGACUACUACUACCAGUGCCGCCCCAACACGCUUCGCAGCCUCCGCGAAGCAUAA